AUGAACCCGAAACUCAUUGUACUCAAUAAACUACGAAAUAAGGAAUCGGUAAUCGCCACUUUCUCCGUCCUCCGUGGCGUGAGGAAUGCUCAGGUUCUUGCUCACUCAGGUGUGGAUGCCGUAGUCAUAGACUGCGAACACGGCCAUAUAGGAGAUGCAGAUAUGCAUGACAUGGUAGCGGCCGUAUCUGGCUCCGGAGUGUCACCUAUCAUACGUAUCCGCAGCGCAGAUCCAGAAACAAUCAAACGAGCGCUAGACACCGGAACCCACGGUGUAUUGGUACCUAUGGUCAGCACAGCUAACGAGGCCAGGGACAUUGUCCAUCAGAGCAAAUUCCCUCCCCUUGGGGUGCGUGGCCAAGGUGGUCCGUUCACGUGCUUCGAGCACGGUCUCAGUACUCCUGCAGAUUAUGUCAGAGCUGCCAAUGACAGUGUGCUCCUGAUGAUGCAGAUUGAGACACGGGAAGGGCUGCAGAAUAUUGAAGAGAUAUGUCAAGUGGAUGGUGUUGAUCUGGUCCUCAUUGGUCCCAACGAUCUCGCCCUGGCUCUAAUGGGACGUCAUCCGGCCCGUCCCGAUGAUGUCGACUAUUUUAACGCGAUAGAGAAGAUUCGCUCAACUGGGGAGAGAUACGGGAAGAAGACAGGGAUAGUGGUUGUUGAUGGUGAGACGGCGCAGAAAGCUCUGGAAAAAUAUGAUUUUGUGAUUUUAUCCAAUGAGGUGAGGGCGUUGCAGGCCUGGUACAAGACCGAGCUCGCUGUGGCACGUUCAUAG